GCUGUAAAACCGGAGCAACUGCUUCCGCUUUGCUUCUCCUUGCUAAUGAAUUUCGUAGUCGCUACUAUCUUUCCCGAGAUAGUUUUUCUUUAAAUAAUCUGGUAAUAUGCUUCUUUUUUGUCCUACUUGUGGAAACGUUUUAAUCGUAGAAGAAGGACAGAAAUGCUUGAGAUUCGCUUGUAACACUUGUCCCUAUGUGCACAACGUCACGAGAAAGGUAAACUACCGAAAAUAUCCCAAGCUGAAAGAGGUGGAUGAUGUGCUGGGUGGAGCUGCAGCGUGGGAGAACGUGGAUUCUACUGCAGAAACGUGUCCCAAAUGCGAGCAUCCUCGAGCCUACUUCAUGCAGAUCCAGACCAGAUCAGCCGAUGAACCAAUGACGACUUUCUACAAAUGCUGUAAUGCUCAGUGUGGAAACAGAUGGAGAGAUUGAGCAUUUUAUUUCAUUCACUCAUUAUUUCUAGUUUAAAUGGCAAUCAAAGCACAUGUAAAGAAUGUUUUGGACCCAUUAUUAUUUAUAAAUAAAAUUUGCUUUUCAGAAUCAA